CGAUAGAUGGCGCAACAGCUGAUUGUUCGCGUGGAUUUUAUUUGCAUUUAAUUUCGGUUCAAUUUCGCCGGUUUAUCACAUAAAAAUGGCCCCGCCAAAGGCCAAUAGCCACCGGGCGGCAGUGCGACGCAAGAAGUCCGUAAGCUUCUUGCAAUCCCUGCAGGAUAAGUACCUGAAUGUGCGGUUUUUCAAGUACCUGCUGCUGGAGCCGGCCGCCGUGCCCCUUGUUGCCAUAUUUAUCCUGCUGGCGGAGACUGUUAUCAACCUGGUGGUGAUCCAGCGUGUGCCCUACACGGAGAUCGACUGGGUGGCCUAUAUGCAGGAGUGUGAGGGUUUCCUCAACGGCACCACCAACUACGCGCUGCUCCGGGGUGACACUGGACCUCUGGUUUACCCCGCUGCUUUCGUGUAUAUCUACUCGGCUUUGUACUACCUCACCUCCCAUGGAGCUAAUGUCCGACUGGCUCAGUACAUCUUCGCUGGGAUCUACCUCCUGCAGCUGGCACUGGUGCUGCGUCUCUACUCCAAGAGCCGAAAGGUGCCACCGUACGUGCUGGUCCUAAGUGCCUUUACCUCUUACCGCAUCCACUCGAUCUAUGUUCUGCGACUAUUCAACGAUCCUGUGGCUGUCGUCUUGUUUUACGCCUCCCUCAAUCUAUUCAUGGAUCGACGAUGGACCUUUGGUAGCGUCUUCUUCAGCCUGGCGGUGGGUGUGAAGAUGAACAUAUUGCUGUUUGCUCCUGCUCUCUUCCUGUUUUAUUUGGCCAACUUGGGGCUGUUGAAGACGCUCCUACAGUUGGUCAUCUGUGGAAGCGUACAGCUUCUCCUAGGCGCUCCUUUCCUACUCACUCAUCCGUUGGAAUAUCUAAGAGGCAGCUUCGAUUUGGGACGCAUCUUUGAGCACAAGUGGACGGUGAACUAUAGGUUUUUAACCAAGGAGCUCUUCGAAAACCGUACCUUCCACCUGUCCCUGUUGGGGCUGCAUUUACUACUCCUCCUCGUGUUUGCCAAGCCCACCUGGACCUUCUUCCAGAGCUAUGUGCGCCUGCGUCGCGUUGAGGAUCAGCUGCAGCCGCAAAUAGCCAAUAAAAAUCGCGAGGUGAAGACCCAAAAGAAGCUGAAGAAGGCCGAAAAGGACAAGGAUCAAGAGAAGCUCACCAUUGAGCAGCAGGCCUUCCUGAAGUCCUUCGAGAAGACCCUUCAGAAAUCAGCUGGAGCAAAGGCUUCUCCAGCUCCGCCUGCCUCACAGUCGGAACCGGAACGCUAUGGCAUCCACUUCGAUCGCUGCACUCAGCUGGCCCUGCUGCCCUUCUUCCUGAGUAAUCUAAUAGGCGUGGCCUGCGCUCGAUCCCUGCACUAUCAGUUCUAUGUCUGGUACUUCCACUCCCUGCCGUACUUGGCCUGGUCUACGCCCUACUCCCUGGGCGUGCGUUGCCUCAUCCUCGGCCUCAUCGAGUACUGCUGGAACACCUAUCCGAGCACGAACUUCUCCAGUGCCGCCCUGCAUGUCAGUCACAUCCUCCUGCUGGGGGGCAUAGCUAAGCAACUGUUCCAAACCAUGCGAUUAAAUAAUGCCAUCAAGAAGGAUCAGCAGCAGCAGAAGAAGGUCCAAUAGGUAGUCCCUAGAAGGUGACUAGCCACAAGUGUCAGUGAAAAGUGUUUUGAAAAUGCCAAAAAGAAAAGAAAAUAUAAAUAACUUAAUUUGCAGUAACUGUAGUUUGAUUAUGAGACAUCAAGACAU